CGUUUCCCUAUACCCUCUAAGUAACCCGCUAUACACGGGAACCUACCCAACGAUGCUAGUGCGUAAGCAGUGCGCCAAAGCCACGUGUAAAGGAAAAUAACACGUUAGGCAUUUCUUUCUUGGGGAAGAUGGUAAACAGCUAAACGUUUUGUCACAGCUAGUAAACUGACUAAAAUGGAAACAGAAGCGCUGACUGUGGUCGACGAAAAGAGACCCAGCACGUAUUCCCUGUCUGCGACGGUGGCAGCCUUAAAUAAAGCACUUGUGAGGUUACAGCUAGUUCCUAUCUCUAUACCCGGUUCACAGAAAAGCGUUUCUCCUGCUGUCUGGUUUAAGGAAAACAGCCCCAAAAAUUUAAGGACUAGGGACUUUCUAGCUCCCAGUGGAAUACUACAAAACCUGUUUUCCAACGGCCAGGUUCCUGAAGAUAUUAAAGAAGAAGUGAAAACACUGAAGAGCCAAGGAGUACUACCUUUUCAGAAAUGUGUACAAACUGAAGCUGGACUUCAGGUUCAGGUGGAGAGACCCAGGGUAUUUUCAGAUGUCCUGAGUAAUGUACAUCUUUAUACAAAGGCCACAGACACUAUGUUGAGGAGCGAUUAUAAAGUGAUCUUAAACUGUGUUCCACUGCAUGGGUGCAGGAACCUGGAGGACCUGUCACUAAGUCAUCUUAGAGCCAUCCUAGUGACUAGUCAUAUUUAUGAAGUUUUCCAAAAGCAAGGACUUAAUGUUCUUCUGACUCCAGCCGUUAUCAGUGAAGAAGUUAAGAACAUCCUACAGCAGUUGAGAGUCAAUUGGCCAUCAAGACUUUGUGUUUCUUCUAGUUGUGAUCACGUAUCUUUUAAACAAGUUCUUGAAGAAUACAUUAGCAGUGAGGCUACAAGCUUAGACGAUAUAGUUCAAGAUAACAGUUCAUUGCCGGAGAAUGUCCUACAUAAAGUGCAUUUGAAAUCCUUUAUAGAGAAGAAGAAACUGGAAGGAUAUGACCCUAAUUUGAACAUUUUUCUUGUGCAAGAAGAGAAUCUCAAGCAUCUGACUGAGUUGCAUCAGACAGUGUAUGAAUGCUGCAGUGAAAAUCCUCGAAAGUGUACAGUAAUUCACAUUGUAUGCUGUGAAGAAGAGUUUAAACAGCAGAAGAUGGACAUUCUUUGGAGAAUUCUGGAUCCUCUAGCACAAACUGUAACUCAGAAACACCUUGUCUGUGGGUCAGUGAAGGCUACUGGUUCAGAUCCACAUAUCGGUGGUGUCCAGUUCAUUCAGGUCCGUAAAGCACAAAUGAAAAAAGCUUCAGUCAUGAAAUAUGGACACAUUGUACAAGGUGAUUCCUGGGACAAUAUCAUCAGUACUAUGACUCUUGCUACUAUCAAAUUUGAGAUGCUGUCCACAGCACAUCGUAGCCUGUUGACCCUUGACCUAACAGAGGAUGCCAGUGUCUCUACCAAAGGAACAAAGAGUGGAGCAUUUGUGAUGUACAACUGUGCCAGGCUUGCAACUCUUUUUGAAAGUUAUAACAAAUCAGUAGAGCAAGGACUGUACCCAAAGUUUCCUGUAACAGAAGCUCUAAAUUAUUCAUCACUUCGAGAAGAGGGGGAGUGGUUGCUGUUGUUCAAUUACAUAAUCCCCUUUCCGGAUGUUCUUGGACAAUUGGAACGGUCCCUGCGUGAUGCCAGUGGUAUUCGACUAACUGCAAACAUAGAAGUGGUAUGUAAGCAUUUAAUCAGCCUUAGCAUGGACUUCAGCUCCUAUUACAACCGAAUUCACAUUUUGGGGGAGCCUUUACCUCACUUGUUCAGCCAGAUGUUUGCUCGCCUACAGCUGAUGAAGGCAGUAAGAAAUGUUUUCCAUACAGCACUGGAAACGUUGCAGAUACCACCUCUGAACCAGAUUUAGUGGCCUUUUCUUCAAAGUAUAGCUUCAGGGAGAUAUACUGGUGCAGAAUAUUUAGACAGACCAACGUAUAAGGCGGGUGCCUCUAAAAGCACACCAGUACUAAACUGGGAAAAAACUUUGGAAACAUUCCUGUGCUAAUAUGGAAUGUUUCUCCCUUUCAUAGAACAGUUGUACAACACUGUACAUAUGUGAAUUGAAGACACUGACUGUGACAGAUCUGUUUGUUCCCAGUUGCCAAAAUAGACUAUAAAAGUAAAGCAUUAUUUUUCAAUAGUGAAGCAAUGUACAGAUAAUGCACCCUUUAUAUACGAGAUAUUCCAUUCCUGGAAAUUUUUUUGGCAUAAAAUUGUGUAAACAUGCAUCAUGAAUGUUUUUCUAACUGAGGGUGCUGUCAUUGUGAUGCAUAAUUCAGCAAUUUUAAUUCAUAUUUUUUCUGUCAUUCCUUAUUUUGAGGUGUUUUACUUUUAGAGGAAUAAUCUUUGAAACGAAUGAGUGCAUUCUUUGCAGGUGAGAAAGAAGUUUUGUUUGAGUGAUGUCAGACUGCCAUGAAACAUGUUAUGGGCAUUUCAUAUUCAGUGGUCCUGAUUUGUCAGUUAAAACAAUGUUAAGAUGAUAUUUCAUCCAUUUAUGUCUUCACAAUUAUUCUUAAACUUUGAGAAGUAGACGAUUUAAAGGGUAGUUUUGCUCAAAUUUUAUUUGUAGUAGCCCUACCGUUACUGGCUAAGCUGUCAGUCAGUGCCUAGUAGAAAUCCUGAACCUACCUCAGGAAAUGUUUUUGUUUUUCAUAGCUGGAUGACUAAGGUUGUAAGUCCUCUUUAGUAUUUCCUGAGAUUCAAAGUUUCUAGAGUGACUAAUUUUAAAAUUUUCAUCUUACGAGUAAAUUAGCAUUCUACAUUUA